ACGACGCCAUCGUCAACUUACAAAAGAAUUGACUAAGCCUUGAUGCUCUUCAAUGGGUGUCUUUUAUCAUGCGAAAUCAUCGUCGGUUGCGAAUAUCUCUCAUAUCCGUCGCGGCUGCGCUUCUGCGCUUCUGCCGGAUGAGUCUUCUGGCGUUCGCGAUCGUUUUCGCCCACGAUCGCCACUGUGGUCUCGGUGUCGAUGCCUCCCCCCGCCUCGACCUCUAUCACGGCUGCAGUUCCCACAUUCCGAAUCUUCAUCCCUAGACCGAUGCCGGUGUGCAUCCGACUCGUCUUGGGGGUCAGGGUGGAAUGGGUCAAACGACCCUCUGUUGACUUUAAGCCUUUGCCGAAUUAUCUUCGCCUCACCAUUGACGAUUGGAAAAUCUACAUCAUUGAAAACCAUAUCUCGUAGCUCUAUGUGCGCCGACGGCUCUCUGUUUCAUCUGGUAAAUGUCUGCGUCUUUGCUCACGAUCGCUACUUCGAUUGCGACGUCGGUGCCUUCUCUCGAUGCCGAGCCAGCGCUACUGUCACGCUCCGAAUCUUGGUCUCUGGGCCGGUACCGUUUGCCUAGGAGGACAUUAAAGCUAGCCGGCCAGUGUUUCCUAUAUUUGGCUUCUCUUUCGGCUUUUCGGGAUCUCCGCCUUCCUGCGUGGUGACUGCAAACGAGGCUUCUUGGGACGGCAGCGUUUCCGACCUCCUCACAGAGCUCUCUCCGCCUUCCUGCGUGGCGACUGUAAACGAGGCUUCUUGGGACGGCGGCGGUCCUGACCUCCUCACAGGGCUCUCUCGACGCCGAGCCAGCGUGGUGACUGUAAACGAGGCUUCUUGGGACGGCGGCGGUCCUGACCUCCUCACAGGGCUCUCUCGACGCCGAGCCAGCGUGCGACUGUCACGCUCUGAAUCAUCAUCUCUAAAUCUAUGUCGGUGUGAGCGCCUACGGCUAUCUGUUUCAUCGGGUGAAUGUCUGUGUCUUCCUUCACGGUCGCGGCUAUGGUCUCGAUGUCGGUGCCGCCUACUGUCUCGAUGUCGAUCUUGAUCUCAACGGCGGUUCCGCCGGGACGAUUCUUCUG